CACAAACCUGGAAAGAAGAAAUAUUUUCCGAGAUCGACUUUUGACUCAUUAUUUCUCGGGAAUUAUGCCUCUAUGUUAUUUUUACUCAUUCAUACAAGAUGCAGGGAGAUUGGUGGUCUGGUAGGGCAUCUAUUCAAAGUAGUUCCGAGUUUGCUGUUGCUAAAAAUCGUGAAAGAAGCGCUUCUCCAGUUUGGCCAAACAAUUUGAAUUCUGCAGGAUCAGCAAAUACAGUUAGAUCUCCAAGUAUUAUAACAUUAAAAUAUGAACAAUGUUUCCCUCUGCCCACACAAAGGACUCGACACAGUGCACCUAACGUAUUUGCAGAAACAGUAGAGAUAAGAAGGAAAAGACAAACUAGCCACAACUCCAAGAAGAGCAUGAACAAUUCAUUGGAGCCCAUUCCUCUUGACAAGAAUGUGUUCAGCUUAGACCUAAAGAACAUGCAGGUUCCAGGAAUAAGUCUCAGCAGCAAGCAGUUAGAAUCCUGCAGAACAAGAGAUGAUUCAACUACAAGUCCAAGCGUUCCAUUUAACACAGAAAUAGUGCCAAACUACAGUGACAUUCACAAACAGGAGAGCCAUCGCCACUCCUCCGUGGAUGACUGUAGGCCACGAAGGGUAGACAGUGCAGAUAAAGAUAACAGACGGAGGAAUCAUCAGUUUGAACGGCAGAACGGAAGCAGAAACACAUCUAGGAAAUCACAGUCAUUAGUAGACAGAAGAGAAUCUUUAGAAAAUGGUCAUGACUCAAUAAGCAAAGAUGAUCAGAGAAACAAUCGUCAACCUCCAGGAAAUAAAGUAGCAUUCAAAGGAGGUGGGAAGGGCAACUUCCUCACAAAUCAAGUACCUGCUAGUCAAACCAAUGCCCAUAAUAAUACAACACAACGCAAUCUGCUGCUUUCUGGUUCUGGCACCAACUCAAGUAUUAAAGACGCUGAAGAACUGGUUGCUAUGGGAACACUAUGGCAACCACCAAGCACAGCUUCAGGUAGCACAAAACCUGGUCAGGGUGCUCCAAGUAAUCGCUCAGUGGCAAACUCCACUCCCCAGCACAGGAAAGUCCCCUCAAGAUCGUCAAUAGUCCAUCAUCCUCAACUUACAAAUAGGCAGAAAGAAAAAGAAUCUGAGCCCAAGUAUCCUGACCCUAUGGUGUCAUCAUUUCCAUCAUUUCAGCAAAGACUCUCAGAGCUCUCUAUGUUAGAGGCAGACACUAUACGAUAUGAACGAAAUAGAAAAAUUAAAAAGAAACCUAAACAAGAUAGCUAGCGAAUAUCAAUGUCAUUAAGAUAUGAUACUUCAUAUCUGAUUUCCAUGAAAUCCAUUCCUAAUAUGAAAUGAGUUCUAUUUUUGAAAUACAAAUUGUUUGGAGCUGAAAUGCAUAAGAUAUACUGCCAGUGCAUUGCAAAGACAAUAACCAAUACAUAUAUAGAUGUAUAAACAAAACAGUAUUGAAAUUAAGGUGAUGAAUUAUUUUGACACUUCCCUCUUCUACCCUAGUGGUACUCAACUCGCAUUGGUUGGGAUACCUGGAUGUAUGGAUGGAUUCAUGUGUUAUGAUAGUUGAGGAAGAAUUUUAAACACUGCUGCAUACAUAAACAUUAUCUCAAUGCAGUAACGUUUGCUGUGGGAGCAUAAUAAUAUGUUGAUAAUCAGAAUUCACUUGUUACAUGAUUUUAGCACAAUUUUGUUAAAUAUGUUGACAGCAUCCAUUUAAGUGAUGUUUUGUUGUUUAAUAUUUGGAUUUCAUUACUCGAAGUAUACUGUACAUGCAAACACAUCUUUUAGCUGUUUGGAACAAUUAAACCCUCAUCAUCUCUGUUGUGAACCCAGAGGCAACCAAUGCCAUCACCAGACCCCAAAAUAAUAAAAUGUACUGCACCAUCAAUAAACACGGCAAUUGGCCAACAUUGUGGAGUCACACACAUAGGCUGCAUGGGCUCACUGUUCGCCACUGUGUGAAUACUUUGAGGCAAGCAUUCUACAAGCAUGGAUACACAGUGGGCAAAACAAAUAGUUUUAUAACAAGAUAUUCCCCAUCACAUAAAAUA